UAACCUCUAAAAAAAAUAAGGGAAGCCGUGAAGUAAAGAAAAGAACUAAAGACUAACAGAACCAAAAGGGUACUCUUCCGGCGAAGAAUCACGACUUUGUCACCGGAAACUCUAACGCUCACAUCUCUUCUUCCACCGGAACUCGCAACUUCGAUUCGGGGAGGGAAGACGGUGAAGAUUGGUAAAUUCUAAGAAUCGUUGAGAUGUCAGCACUUUUCAAUUUCCACUCAUUUCUAACUGUGAUACUUCUGGGGAUAUGUGCCUGCACUUAUUUCAAGAUGCAGUUUCCGGCAAUCCUAGAUCAGAAAACUGGAUUUCGUGGUUUCUUCUGGAAGGCGGCGAGAAUAGGUGAACGGUUAAGCCCGUGGGUAGCUGCGGGUUGCUUUAUGAUGGGUGUUUCAAUAAUCUUCUUCUAAGCUUUGGUUACUCAAUAGGGCGUCCAUUCUAUACCGCAGUUUUAUGCGCAAAUUGCAGAUCUACGAAAUGAGAGUUUGUACUUACGAUUUCAUCGGAGCCCUUGACACAAAUUUGUUCCACCAUAUUGUUAAUUAUUUUUUCUUUGUUGUUGAAAUUAAGUGGAGUUUUUGCCAUUAAUCCCCAGGGUAACGUCACUACAUGAAAUUCAAAUUGCUACUUAUGAUGGGGGAUCGUGCUAAUGUCCAUAGCUUUGUCCAAAUUUUAUGAGUAUGAUGCCUUCGAAUCUGAACUAAGUGCUAAUAUACUAACUAUAUAGAUUAAUCAUA